AUGACCGAAGAAUAUGAGCUUUCUACGUCCACAAGGACAAAUGCUGGAAUGACCAAAGGAUCUCGAGAACAUGUACUUCAUGUCAAUACAGAGAAACGGAGAUGGCAAAGGUGGAAUCGAAAGGCAUCUCCGUUACUCGAUCUCGCUCCGCUGGAUGAAUUCACUCAAUGUACCCUUAGGCUAUGUUUGGUUCAUCAUGGGGAUGGUGAUAGGAAUAAAAACGGGAAUAUAAACAGGACUGAGAAUGAGGACAUGAAUUUGGUUCGUUGUGGGAAUGGUAAUAGGAAUAAAAACGAAAAUAUAAACCAGAGUGAGAAUGAGAAUACGAAUUUGAUUCGUAGUGGGAACAGUAAUAAGAAUAAAAAUGGAAAUAUAAACAUGAAUGAGAAUGAGGACAUGAAUUUGGUUCGUCUUGGAAAUGGUAAUAUGACUAAAAACGAAAAUAUAAAUCGGAGUGAGAACGAGAACACGAAUUUGGUUCGUUGUGGGAAUGGUGAUAGGAAUAAAAACGGAAAUAUAAACAGGACUGAGAAUGAGGACAUGAAUUUGGUUCGUUGUGGGAAUGGUAAUAGGAAUAAAAGCGGAAAUAUAAACCAGAGUGAGAAUGAGAAUACGAAUUUGAUUCGUGGUGGGAACGGUAAUACGAAUAAAAACGGAAAUAUAAACAUGAAUGAGAAUGAGGACAUGAAUUUGGUUCGUCUUGGAAAUGGUAAUAUGACUAAAAACGAAAAUAUAAAUCGGAGUGAGAACGAGAACACGAAUUUGCUUCGUUGUGGGAAUGCUGAUAGGAAUAAAAACGGAAAUAUAAACAGGACUGAGAAUGAGGACAUGAAUUUGGUUCGUUGUGGGAAUGGUAAUAGGAAUAAAAACGGAAAUAUAAACCGGAGUGAGAAUGAAAACACGAAUUUGGUUCGUCGUGGGAAUGGUAAUAGGAAUAAAAACAAAAAUAUAAACAUGAGUGAGAAUGAGAACACAAAUGAGAAUUCAUACGAUUUCGAUAUUUGGUUGGUAAAAGAAUUGUGA